CAUAACGUUGUAAAAGAGCAGUUCAUUUGGGAUGCAGAUAAGGAUAUAUGGCACACUGUUGUCGGCGGAACUUGUGACACAUUCUCUCUCUCRCUCGCUCUCUGCCUCUCACCCUUCCAUUCCCCCUCUUCUGUAGGCUAUUUCUCUGGCGCGCGCGCUCACACUAACCUUGGCUCGACGUCAGAGGCUGUGCAGCAGUGCAGUAUAAUGGGAGAGUAGGCAACAUAAAGUGCCUCAUAGGCUGCUAUUGCGAUUCAGCUCUGCUUGGCGCUCUCCGCUGCUCCCCUACCAACGCUCUUCACGUGUGGGUAUCCGGCUGCCCGUGUCUCACCUCCGCUAGGCACCGGCCCAUGUAUGGGCCCCCACCGGUUUGUAACGCCCGUCAUGGAUGUCCCGCCGUCUCUUGAACCGGAGGAUCGUUUCUUGGCGCAGUGAAGUAGGGAAUCAUGCCGGGACUGCUAAUGGAUUUAGGGGAAGCGCGAGUGACCAUGCCGUGAUCCUGCGCGUGGGCUGCCAUCACCCUGCCGAAAGACCGUAGACCGAAUUCCGGGCGAAUCAAAAGCGUACGGGGGAUCACCACUGUGCAUUUUACAAACAACAUGAAGAUUACCUCCCCGCUGAUAACUAGUCUCGUUUUCAGGUUCAACCUCAGACUGCUGCUCCCGCUUCUGAUGCUGUUUCUGGGAUACUCUCGCGGGAUGCCGCACGUUUUAAGAUAUGGAGGAAUAUUUGAAUCCAUCGAAAGCGGCCCAUCAGGAGCAGAGGAACUCGCCUUUAAAUUUGCCUUGAACACAAUCAACAGGAACCGCACCCUGCUGCCCAACACCACACUCACAUAUGACAUCCAGAGAAUCAACAUAUUUGACAGCUUCGAGGCCUCCAGAAAAG